AUGAAGGGCUUCGAGGGCUUGGAUCCAGGCUACAUGGCGUACGUGGGGACGCUGCUGGUGGACAACGCCCACAACAACCCCUGCAUGCGCGUGUUCUGUGCCGUGCUGACGCGCCUCAGCUGCAGAGAGGAUCAGAAGGCGGCGUACGGCAUUCAGUUCCUACCGGAACCACGUACAUUGGGCUCCAACUCUAGAGCAGCCCGCCGCUGGCACCUCGCUUACACCCUCGUCAAGAACCCGGACCUCCUCUCUCGUCGUAAGCUGGCCUUGCUGCUGACGAGAGGUCUGGAGGAGUCUGUCAUCACCUAUGAUGCGAUAGAUAAGGCGCAGUCUGCAGGAGAGACGAACACAGAUCCUACCUUCCGCACACCCAACAUCGACGCUCUGCACGCGGGCAGCGUUCGGCUCAACGCCUCCUACAGCGGCCCCAACUGCUCGCCCUCACGAGCCGCACUGCUGUCCGCCGUUCAUCCCUUCCGGUGGGGACUUCAGGACAAUGGUAUUAACGCCUACUCCCCUGCUGCCAUCCCCCUAACCCACGAAAUCCUGCCGCAGGCAUUCAAGAGGUUGGGUUACCAAACACACAUGAUCGGAAAGUGGCACCAGGGAAGCUGCAAGUGGGAGUUGACUCCAACCUACAGAGGCUACGACAGUUUUGUGGGAAUCUAUCUCGCGAGCGGCGACUACUUCGCCCACGUCAGCAAGGGCGGCUACGACAUGCGCUUCAAUGAGCGAGUGUACUGGGAGGUCAAGGGCACCUACAGUACAACGCUGUACUCAGAGCGUGCGGAGGACAUCAUCAAGGACUACGCGAGCAGUUUAGAAGCUGACCCAGUGAACACCAAGCCUUUUUUCAUCAUGCUGGCUCACCAAGCCAUCCACAAGGACAACCAAGUGCCACCAGUGUACCUCGACCUGUGCAGUCACAAAAAUCUGAUGGACAACUUGCUUAUCGUCUUCACCAGUGACAACGGCGGCUCGUAUCUUCCGGAGGUUCCAGCAACUGGCCGUACAAAGGGGAAAAGACUACUUUGUGGGAGGGGGGCAUCAAGGUCCCUACCUUCCUUUACAGUGAGAGCAACAAGAUUCUUCCUAAACACCAACUACUCGUGGAGCGGCCUCUUCUACACAACUGACUGGUACGCCACUCUCAUGGGCUUUGCCACCAAGAACACAAGUGACCCACAGCUGCAGCCCUAUGAUGGCUUCAAUCAAUGGCAAAGAAUCCUUCAGAAUGGACGCUCCCGAAGGAAAGAGAUGGGCUUCGUGAACGAAGGGUUGGGCCAUGCUUAUGUUCGCUAUAAGCAGUGGAAACUUCUGGAGAGACAGACUCGCAGUCCAGGCUGGUACAACCCCCCAGAAGGCGUCGCCCCGAAACCCGAACGAGCGUUUGUCGGCGACCACGAGCUGUACAACAUCGACGAGGACCCAUUCGAAGAACACCCUAUCUACCCGACAUCCAUGACACCAGAACAGAAGCUGGUGUACGACGACAUGGUGCAGAGGCUGCGCAAAUACAAGAAGAUAGCGGUUCCUACCAACAGCACCAAAAUAAAGGAGGGAGACCCGUCUCUCUUCGGGAACGUAUGGAGCCCGGGCUGGUGUUGAGAGCUAGGGGUGGGAGACUUGUGUGGAGGCACGUUCACAUACAAGAUCUGUUUUAAUGGUGUUUGUCAGCAGUACAUGUUGAAUACAUAUCACAUUACGUGAAUGUUUCCAGACUAUCAAUAAUAAUAUUCAAGAUGAACAUGAUAGGUGUACAUGAUAGAGCAAGGAUGCUCGCUCGUUGAUGUAUUGCUCGAACAUUAUUAGAUGUUGUAAAGCACGAACGCUGCUACACAAGUAAAACUCAAGAUUUCUGCAACUUCCAUGUGUGUUGCUGGAUUCAAUGUAUGACUGGUUAACUUGCUGAAAAAUAAAGUCUAAAAUGCUGA